AUGGCCAACAACGACUCGGCCUCUGCUGCUGCCAGACAUGGCCAGGAGGGCUUACACGAGACGAAGUCGUCGAGGUGCGUGACGGAGACCUUCACCGCCACGCACAACUUCGAAGUGACCGAUUUCUCGCAGCUCGACGGCAUGGGCAUCGGCGAGUUCGUGAGCUCGAGCACCUUCACCGUCGGCGGCUACGACUGGAACAUCAGGCUCUGCCCGGACGGGCUCUGGAAGGAGAACCAAGAUGCCGUUGUCUCGGUGUUCUUGUGCUUUAAUUUAGCGGAGGAGAAGCGACGAGCUUGGGGCAUUCCUUCUUUCAUUGAGAAAUACAAGUUGCGACACUUUCUGUACCUCAACGACGACUCCCUCACCAUCAGGUGUCUUCUAACUGUCUUCAAGUCCCGAACUGAAGAUGCGAACACAACCAUCAGUGUCCCACCGGCAAACUUGCACCAAGAUCUUGAGCACAUGUUGAAGGAUGGCAAGGGCGUCGACGUCACAUUCGACGUAGAUGGCCACCUGUUCCAUGCCCACAGGUGUGUGCUGUCUGCAAGAUCACCUGUCUUCGAUGCGGAGCUCUUUGGCCCACUGAACAAGAAUUCUGCACAGCCUGUUAAGAUCAACGACAUGGAUCCUACCAUCUUUGAAGGGCUUCUUCACUUCAUGUACGCCGAUUCCCUGCCAGAUAGCUGCAACUCUGACGAAAAUACGACAAUGCAGCACUUGCUGGUUGCUGCGGACAGAUACGGACUUGAGAGGCUGAGGGCGUUGUGCGAAGCCAAGCCAUGCCAGGGCAUUGAUGUGCAGACGGUUGCCACCACCCUAGCUUUGGCGGAGCAGCACAACUGUGAACGGCUCAAAGAUGCCUGCCUCAGAUUUAUUGCCUUAAGGGACGUGCUCGGUCCUAUCAUGGAAACCGAUGGGUUCAGACAUCUCAAGGAAAGUUGCCCUUUGAUCCUAGAGGAGAUUUCAGAGAAGACUGCCACAUUCGGGAGGAGGAGGACGAGUGUGCAGCAUCUCUGA